AUGGCAGAUAUUACCGUGUGUGACCCUCCGUAUAACGUUGAUUAUGGCGCUAGUCAAGAAAGAGAAGACAAAAAGAUAUUAAACGACAAUCAAGGUGAAAAAUACGAACUUUUUCUGUAUGACAUCUGCUCCAAUAUUUUAGCAAACACCAAAGGGGCAAUUUACAUCUGUGCAUCAUCAUCUGAGCUUUCAACCUUGCAAAAAGUAUUUGAAGAAGCAGGUGGCCGUUGGUCGACAUUCAUCAUUUGGGCAAAGAAUCAUUUUACACUGGGGAGAUCUGAUUAUCAGAGACAAUACGAAGCAAUGCUCUACGGUUGGAAAAAUGGCAAUAAACGUGAGUGGCAUGGUGGUAGAAAUCAAAGUGAUCUGUGGUUUUAUGAUAAGCCAACACACAAUACACUACACCCAACGAUGAAGCCAGUAGAGCUAAUGGAGAGAGCAAUAGUUAAUAGCAGUAGACCAGGAGAUAUAGUACUUGAUCCAUUUAGCGGCUCUGGAAGUACACUAAUUGCAUGCGAGAGAACAGGAAGAAUCUGUAGAACUAUAGAACUAGAUCCUACGUUUGUAGAUGUAACGAUAAAGCGUUGGCAAGUAUAUACCGGAAGAGAUUCCACCCUUUUCGGUUCUGGCAAAACCUUUUCGCAGAUUCAAGAAGAAAAACAAGAACUAGGAGUUUCGAAGCAAUAUGUCUGUUAUUUAGUAAAGAAAGGAAUAGUUGAGCUGGAGGAUGGUUUGAUUGACCGAGAACAAGCGAAUGAAGCGGUAGCAGCAAUAAGAGAUCCAAGUCAACCACUGAGGAGAAAAGGCAGAGAAAUUGAGGAAAAAAGAGGAAACACCAGUGAGCUCUCUACGAUGCUGCUAAAAACCAGGAUAAAAAAUGAAAUGGAGAGAGGAAGACUGCUGGAGGCAAAGGCAAAAGCUGAAAUUGGUGAACUUAUCUCAGUAGAAGAAGUAAAGACUGAAGCAUUCAACGUGGCAAGAGUGGUUCGUAACAAUCUUUUGAAUAUCCCAGACAGAGUAUCAGCAUUACUGGCAUCGAUGAACGACACAGAAAAGAUCCAUGAGACAUUAACUGGGGAAAUCAGAGUUGCAUUGGAAGAACUAACACAGACAAUUACGGCAGAUGGCAUUAUGAUAUAUAGCAGUAGUUUUUAUGCCGGAUUAAAGCCAGAUCCACCACUUAAAGUAUCAGAGUGGGCAGAUAAGAAUCGUAAACUUUCAACGAUAGCAUCAUCAGAACCAGGAAAAUGGAAAACAGAGAGAACGCCGUACCUUAAGGAAAUAAUGGAUUCACUAUCUUCGUCUUCACCGGCUGAAAAAGUGGUAUUCAUGAAAGGAGCACAAAUUGGCGGAACAGAAGCUGGGAAUAACUGGAUAGGCUACAUCAUCGACCAAACACCAGGGCCAAUGCUGGUAGUACAACCAACAGUAGAAAUGGGCAAGCGUUGGUCAAAGGGAAGAUUUGCGCCGCUCAUUGAAGAUACGCCAUGUUUAAGGAGUAAAAUAAAAGACCCAAGAUCGAGAGAUUCAGGCAAUACUGUACAAAGUAAGGAAUUUCCCGGAGGGAUCGUAGUAAUAACUGGAGCAAACAGUUCAGUUGGCCUGCGUUCAAUGCCAGUAAAGAAUCUAUUUUUAGAUGAAGUAGAUGCGUAUCCAGGAGAUUCAGGAGGUGAAGGUGAUCCAGUACUGCUCAGUAUUGCCCGAACUAAUACAUUUACGCGUAGAAAAAUUUUUUUAGUGUCGACACCGACAAUUCAUGGAAUAAGCAGAAUAGAAAGGGAAUUUGAGAAUUCAGACAAACGAUACUUUUUUGUUCCCUGUCCACAUUGUGAUCACUAUCAGGUGCUGAAAUGGUCACAAAUUAAAUGGGAAAAUAAAAAUCCAAAUACAGCGCAUUAUGUUUGUAUCGAAUGUAACGGCAAAAUAGAAAAUCAUCAAAAGGCAAAAAUGCUAGCUCGUGGAGAGUGGAGGCCUACCAAUCCAAUAAAAGGUGAAAAAAAAGGAUUCCACCUUUCAAGCUUGUAUAGCCCUGUUGGCUGGUAUAGUUGGAAACAAGCAGUGGAAGAUUAUCUGCAUGCAAAGGAAAAUGAACAAUUACUGAAAGUUUGGAUAAAUACAACACUCGGAGAAACCUGGGUAGAUAAAGGAGAAGUACCAGACUGGAAGCAACUAUUUGAGCGUCGAGAAAAUUUUCCGAUAGGCAUGGUGCCAAAAGGUGGAAAAAUAGUGUUGACGGCAGGAGUUGAUGUGCAAAAAGAUCGGUUAGAGGCAGAGAUUGUAGCCUGGGGAAGAAACCGAGAAAGUUGGUCAAUAGACUACCAGGUAUUUGAAGGAGAUCCGGGAGGGGAAGAAGUAUGGGGAAAACUUUCGGAAUUAUUAAAUCAUCAUUUUAUUGGUGAAAAUGGGCUUGAAUACAUGAUAAGCAUGAUGGCGGUAGAUGCUGGGUAUGCAACACAAGAGGUAUACAACUGGGUAAGGAGUCAUCAAGGAUCUGGGAGAGUAAUGGCAGUAAAAGGAGCAAACAAAGCGCUAGUGCCACUGAGCAGCCCAAGUAGAGUUGAUGUAACAGUUAGCGGACAAAAGCUAAAGAGAGGAAUGAAGCUGUGGCCAGUUGGGGUAUCAAUAUUGAAGUCCGAGCUUUUCCAAUUACUUAAUGUUUUAACAGAAGGGGCGCCAGGAUAUUGUCAUUUUCCGGAGUAUCCACCUGAAUAUUUUAAGCAGCUAACUGCAGAGCAACUAAUUACCAAAGUAGUAAAAGGAUAUACCAAACAAGAGUGGCAAAAGAUAAGAGAUCGAAAUGAAGUACUAGAUUGCCGAAUUUACGCAAGAGCAGCGUCUAUUGCCCUUGGAAUUGAUCGUUGGCCAGAGAGUAAAUGGAGUAGUCUAAAUGAAAAACCAGAAAGUAAAAAAUCAAAGAAGAUAGUGAAAAAUAAAGAAACGAUAGUAAUAGAUUCAUCGCAUUGGGAUGAUUUUAAAUUUGCGAAAGAAGAUAACGUAAUAGGUGUCAUUCAUAAGGCAACCCAAGGAUUAGAAUAUAUAGACCCAAAAUAUGCUAAAAGAAGAAAAGCUACUGAAGAGGAAAGACUGCUGUGGGGAGCAUAUCAUUUUGGUGUGGGAAAAGACGGUAGAGACCAAGCUGAACAUUUUUUGAAAACAGUAGGAGAUUAUUCUCAAGUAUUGCUUGCCCUUGAUAUUGAAGAAAACCAAAGUGGAGAAAAUAUAACGCCAAAACAAGCAGAAGAUUUUGUUACUAGAAUUUAUGAAGUAACAGGGCGUUUGCCAUUAAUUUACGGAAGUGCCUAUUUUUUAGAAGAUUUUGCCACCCCAAUUUUAACAAAAUGCCCAUUGUGGAUUGCAAGAUGGGGAGAGGAGCCUGUGUUACCAAAAGGGUGGAAAGAGUGGACUUUAUGGCAAUACACCAAUGGGCAAGCAGACAAGAGAAAUAAAUUCAACGGAACAUUAGAAGAAUUAAAAGAUUUUUGGAUAUCAUGA